AUGAAGCCCUCUACUGUUCUCGCCCUCACUCCCUUCUUGGCUGCUGCUUACGCUAAGCCUGUCGAAAAGCAGCCUUCUCGCUUCGAUGUGAUGGCCGUGAGCGAAGGCCCUGUGCAGUACCGUGCGCUGGCCCUUUCGUCUUCCUUCUUCUACCUCGGCAAGGGAGACGGAUUCACCGACUCUUUCUGUCCUCCUAAAGUCGAAGAGGCCGGCAAAUGCCCGCCUGGAAAGGAUACCGUCUUUAAGGAUGCCUCUACCUUGGACACCGUUGUCCCAGGCCAAGUUCUCUACGUCGACUUCAACUACGCCGUCAGAGCCACUGGCCCCAAUGGAACUGAGAUGGAGGCCGAUGGCAGCCACACCAAGCCCGACGGCAUCUACACCGGCUUCGAAUAUGUCCCUGGCUCAAAGCACGGCCAGUGGGAAUUCCACGCUCAUGGCAGUGACGGUUUCUUGGCCUGUCCUUAUGGCAAUGAUAUUUAUCAAGUAUACGUCAACAGCCCGAAUGCAAAGCCCCCUCGUGGACAGGACCUCGGUACCUGUGUUCUUUUUAAUGCAGGUGCUUUUGAGUACAGUCUACCUGCGAACGCUACUGCUGCUGCCUGGAGAUAUUAG